UCUAUCUAUCUAUCUAUCUAUCUAUCUAUCUAUCUAUCUAUCUAUCUAUCUAUCUAUCUAUCUAUCUAUCUAAAAAAGAAGAAUGUGUUGCACUUGAUAUUGUUAUUAAAGAGCUGAUUCUUUUUUUUAAAAAAAAGAAGAAUUUCACCCCACGUCAUAAGGUAUUUUGUGCGUCAUUAUUAUAAAUAUAUAUAAUUUGUAUUUUUAUGUAAAAUAAGGAGUUAUAGGUGCAAUUUUCGCUUUCUAAACGUUAUUUCCUGUGGGGUGGGGUGGGGUUGGGGGGUCUUUGGUCCUCCACUCCAGCAGAUGUCUCCUGACCUCGGAGCUGCUGCCGAAGAAGAAGAAAGUGAUGGAAAAAUUUCUGUCUGGUGGAUGUUAAGUUGUCUCGUUUUGAGGAGGGGGGAGAGCAGCUUUCAAACCAGCCGGAGUAGAGGAUGUUUGCAGCUGAGAGGAGCCCGUUUGUCUGCGGCACAGACCUCCGUCUGUCAUCCGACUAUGCGCAAUUUCAACAUGCGCGGAGAGCCCGUGCGUAAAAAGUCGCGUGUACCAGCACCACCAGCACCAGCAGCAGCACGCCGGCUUCCCGUCUUAUCCUCAUCUUCAUCUUCAUCUGGCGUAGAGUCGAGCUGAAGCCCCUCUGCGCCGCCUGUUAAAAAAAAAGAAAAAAGAAACGCGACCCAUGGCUGCUCUGCGUCCCGUCCGGAGGAGACCCGCUCCGCGUCUGACGGGCUUGCUCUGCGUUUUGUUGCUCGUUUUCGUGCCUUUUGCCUCCGCGAGUCGUGAUGUUGACUCGGAGAGCAACGAGACGUGGGGACGUCCAGCCCGAUCGACGCAGGAAGACCCCGAUCACCGAACCAACUCCUCGGAUCCCCAUCCAAAGAAGUCUUUCCCCGUCCUCUCCUUCAACUACGAGCACGUCAGGAAGCCCUUCGAGAUCUCGCUGUGGAUCCUCCUGGCCCUGCUCAUGAAACUUGGUUUUCACAUCAUCCCCAGAGUGUCCAACAUCGUCCCAGAGAGCUGCCUGCUGAUCGUCGUCGGCCUGCUGCUGGGCGGCAUCAUCAAGGCCGUGAAUGAAAAGGUCAGCCUGUUCGACUCCAAGUUCUUCUUCCUCUACCUGCUGCCUCCCAUCAUCCUCGACGCCGGCUACUUCCUGCCCAUCCGGCCCUUCACGGAGAACCUGGGCACCAUCCUGGUGUUCGCGGUGGUGGGAACCCUCUGGAACACCUUCUUCAUCGGCGGGUUGAUGUACGGCGUCUGUCAGAUCGAGGCCACCCAGCUGGGCGACGUGAGCCUGCUCUCCUGCCUGCUGUUCGGCACCAUCAUCUCGGCCGUGGACCCCGUGGCCGUCCUGGCCGUGUUCGAGGAGAUCCACAUCAACGAGCUGCUGCACAUCCUCGUGUUCGGGGAGUCGCUGCUCAACGACGCCGUCACUGUGGUCCUGUAUCACCUGUUUAAGGAGUUCUCCCUCGCGGGGACGGUGACUGUAGUCGACGCCGUCCUCGGCGUGGUCUGUUUCUUCGUGGUCUCGCUGGGAGGCAUCAUGUUCGGCGUCGUCUACGGCAUCCUGGGGGCUUUCACGUCCCGCUUCACGUCGCACACCCGCGUCAUCGAGCCCCUGUUCGUCUUCCUCUACAGCUACAUGGCGUACCUCUCGGCCGAGAUCUUCCACCUGUCGGGGAUCAUGUCUUUGAUCGCAUGUGGCGUGGUUAUGCGGCCGUAUGUGGAGGCCAACAUCUCCCACAAGUCCUACACCACCAUCAAGUACUUCCUGAAGAUGUGGAGCAGCGUCAGUGAGACGCUCAUCUUCAUCUUCCUCGGUGUCUCCACGGUGGACGGUCCACACGACUGGAACUGGACCUUCGUCAUCGUCACUGUGGUCCUCUGCCUGGUGUCCAGAGUUCUGGGAGUGAUUGGUCUCACGUUCAUCAUCAAUAAGUUUCGGAUUGUGAAGCUGACCAAGAAAGACCAGUUCAUCGUGGCCUACGGUGGCCUGCGAGGGGCCAUCGCCUUCUCGCUGGGCUUCCUGCUGACCGACAGCAAGAUGAAGAGGAUGUUCCUCACCGCCAUCAUCACCGUCAUCUUUUUCACCGUAUUUGUUCAGGGAAUGACGAUCAGGCCUCUGGUGGAGCUCCUGGCCGUGAAGAAGAAGAAAGAAAGCAAAGCUUCAAUUAACGAGGAGAUUCACACUCAGUUCCUGGAUCAUCUUCUGACGGGAAUUGAAGACAUCUGUGGUCACUAUGGACAUCACCACUGGAAGGACAAGCUGAAUCGCUUCAAUAAAACCUACGUGAAGAAGCUGCUGAUCGCAGGCGAACGCUCCACCGAGCCUCAGCUCAUCUCCUUCUACAACAAGAUGGAGAUGAAACAGGCCAUGAUGCUGGUGGAGAGCGGUAGCGCCGCCAAGCUCCCGACGGUCGUGUCGUCCGUCUCCAUGCAGAACAUUCAGCCUAGAGGACCCUCCAGUCGCCGAGCGAUGCCGAGCAUCUCUAAGAGUCGGGAGCAGGAGAUCAGGAAGAUCCUCCGAGGCAACCUGCAGAAGACGAGGCAGAGGCUUCGCUCGUACAGCAGACACGACCUCAUGAUGGACCCGUUUGAGGACAACAUGAGCGAAGUUCGCUUCAGGAAGCAGCGGGUGGAGAUGGAGAGGAGGAUGAGUCACUACCUCACAGUCCCUGCGAACCGCCAGGAGACGACGCCCGUCAGAAAAGUCUGGUUUGAACCAGAGCACCAGGUUUACACCUACGAUGACAGCGAGAGCCCCCGGGGCCGAGCGGGGGAGGCACGCCCCAGCCCCCCCGAUGCCGCCGGCCACCGAAGCGCCUCGUCCCAGAGGACCAAUCAGAGGAGCGCACCGCCGUCCAAAGAGCAAGACAACCAGGAGGAGCAGCUGAAGCUUUCACGCUGCCUUAGUGACCCCGGUCCAAACAAGGAGGAGGAGGAGGAGGAGGAGGAGAAGGGGGAGGGAAAGGGGGAGGACAGCUCCUUCCUGUCAUGAUUGAGGACGUUUACUUGAAAACUGAGCUGAUCCAUGAGUGGAGCUGAAGGAAAGCUUAAUAUUCGUCAUUUAAAUUAUUAUUUUUCUUAUAUGAGUUGUUUUUUUUGUUUGUUUUUUUACAGUAUUUUGAAUUUCUUUUUUUUUUUUUUGUAAUAUUUUUUAAUCGUUGUAACAUGCAGCAUCACCAAAGCAUGUACCACAGCAGGACAUUUGCUAUUUAUAUUUGUAGCCUCCGGUGUCCACAUUAAGUGUCUUAACAUGCAGACAGAGACACAGCACUUGUUUUAACAGACUUGAAUCACCAGAGGGGUGGAGUUUGAAAAGCACAGAAUAUCAGACUGAUAAUAUUCCCCACAUGAUGAAUCCUACCUUUUUUUUUUUUUGUGAAAUAUGUCUUAAAACUUCCCAUAUUCCCAAAUAUCAAGUCUCUAGCUGGGCUUAAAAACAAGCUUCUUCUUUUCUAAUAUUGGUCAGUUCAGACGUUUAUGUUUCCUUUAGAACAAACUCUAAUGGUUGAUUGUGUUUGAGAGAUAUUAUCUGGUAAAAUAUAACCUUUCGCCAAAACUACAAACAUCUCCAUCCCACCGUUAGCAUGCUAACAUAACAUAAACAAAUGAAGAAGAGGGACAUUCGGGACAAAUAAUCAACAACAGUAAGAGAUAAUAAUAAAUUAAAUAAAGAGAUAAAAUGAAAACAUAUACAUUAUUCCUCUUUAAACCAUGUAUAGCGUGUAUAAUGUAACUAUUAUUUUCACUUUUCAUAUAGUUCCUACACCUUAAAGAUUUGAUGUUUUCUUUAAAAUUCACAUGUAAAUCAUAUGAAGCAGGGUGUUAACUCUGAUUACUCUACUUUUACUUCAAUUUCCAAACUAAAUCAAGUUAAUAACAGAUUCAGUUUGGUCAUUGUCUUGAAAAAAAAGUGUAUUUUUAUAUUCAAAUUUAAUACAUUUAGUUUUGCACAAUAUAUAUGCUUUCAAAACCUCACAGUAGUAAAACAAAUGUGUGGAAUUUCUCAGAUGUGAAAGUAAAUAAAUAAAUUGCUCAGUUCCCUUUGGCACAAACUUUAAUCACGUAUGUGUCUGAGCACAUUAUCAAGUCAAAGCAUCGGUCUGUAUGUUUAGAGGUUGUUAUUAGCAUGUAGCUAACGCGCCAAACUAAGACGAUACACACGGUAAACAUUAGCAUGUUAGCAUUUAGCUAUAAGCACAGUGUCACAGAGCCACUAUUGUGUCUGGAGAAUUAAGUUUAAAUGUCAAAAAAAAAAGUUUAAAAGUCAAAUAAUCUGGUCAAAACCUUGUAAAGAAGUUAUUUUUAAAAAUGUUUUUAUGUUUUAAAAAAAAAAGUAAUAAGUAAUGAAACUUGACGAGCAGUGGUUGGACUCAAAUCUGGUGAUUCAAAGAUGUUGAACUAGAUAUUUUAAAAAAAUAUAUAUAUAUACAUAAUAAUAUUGCAAAGCAAAUAUUGUCUGACCUCGUCCUGUGAACAAGCUUCUUCCCAAACACCGCUGCAUGACUGACCAGUGUUUUCUCAGGGACUGCACGGAGCCCCGCGAGGCGCCUGCUGUUGAUAGAAAAUAUGCGUUUGUGUCCAAAUUUGUGUCGUCGCAGUUUAUAACGUGUCUGAUUUUGUAGCCAAAGUGAGAUUCACGUGUUGAAUUUGUCGCGUCAAAAACAAAACGUUAAAGAGACUGAACUGCCUUUCCAUGUCUGCACGUCACAGCACUGCCUGAUCCCACGCUGCCUGCACGUUUGCCUUAAAAAAAAAGGUUUUCUGCUUUUUUUUCUGUGUUUACCUGUUGUGAUAUUUUUAUAUUUUGCAAAAGUUAAAUAAAAAUAAUAAUAAUAAAAAAAACA